CCCCGCCCCCUCCGCCGGCGACUGCGCUGCGUCACGGGUUUUCAAGCGCUUCGCUGCUGGACCCUGCGACCGCAGCGGGGCCUAACGCCUGCCGGCCGCUCGCCGGGAGUCCGGUCGGCGGCGCGAUGAGGCGCAGCAAGGCCGACGUGGAGCGGUAUAUCGCUUCGGUGCAGGGCUCCGCCCCGUCGCCGCGAGAGAAGUCAAUGAAAGGAUUCUAUUUUGCAAAACUGUACUAUGAAGCUAAAGAAUAUGAUCUUGCUAAAAAAUAUAUAUCUACAUAUAUUAAUGUGCAAGAGAGGGAUCCCAAAGCUCAUAGAUUUCUGGGACUUCUUUAUGAGGCAGAAGAAAACACAGACAAAGCUGUCGAAUGUUAUAAGCGUUCAGUGGAAUUAAACCCAACACAAAAAGAUCUUGUGUUGAAGAUUGCAGAAUUGCUUUGUAAAAACGAUGUUACUGAUGGAAGAGCAAAAUACUGGGUUGAAAGAGCAGCUAAGCUUUUCCCAGGAAGUCCUGCAGUCUAUAAACUAAAGGAACAACUUUUAGAUUGUAAAGGUGAAGAUGGAUGGAAUAAACUUUUUGACUUGAUCCAGUCAGAACUUUACACAAGACCUGAUGAUGUCCAUAUGAACAUCCGACUAGUGGAACUGUAUCGCUCAAAUAAAAGAUUGAAGGAUGCUGUGGCCCACUGCCAUGAGAGAGAGAAGAACAUAGCUUUGCGUGCAAGUUUAGAAUGGAAUUCAUGUGUUGUCCAGACUCUUAAGGAGUAUCUGGAAUCUCUACAGUGUUUGGACUCUGAUAAAAGUAACUGGCGAACAACCAAUAAAGACUUACUUCUGGCGUAUGCUAACCUCAUGCAUCUUACACUUUCUAUCAGGGAUGUGCAGGAAAGUAGAGAAUUACUGGAAAGCUUUGAUGGUGCUCUGCAGUCUGUGAAAUCUUCUGUGGGUGGAAAUGAUGAGCUGUCAGCAGCGUUCUUAGAAGUGAAAGGACAUUUCUACAUGCACGCUGGUUCCCUGCUCUUGAAGAUGGGUCAGCACAGCGACGGACAGUGGCGCGCGCUCUCUGAGCUGGCUGCCUUGUGCUAUCUCAUAGCGUUUCAGGUUCCCAGACCAAAGAUUAAAUUAAUAAAAGGAGAAGCUGGACAAAAUCUGCUGGAAAUGAUGGCUUAUGAUCGACUGAGCCAAUCAGGGCACAUGUUGGUAAACUUGAGUCAUGGCAAACAAGAUUUUUUAAAAGAGAUUGUGGAAUCUUUUGCCAAUAAAAGUGGACAGUCUGCUUUAUAUGAUGCUCUAUUUUCUAGUCGGUCACCUAAGGAUAAAUCUUUUCUUGGUGAUGAUGAUAUUGGAAACGUUGAUGUACAUAUACCAGAGUCUGAUGAGUUGGCUAGAUAUGAUGUUGGUGCCGUUCGUGCACAUAAUGGCAGUCUUCAGCACCUUACCUGGCUUGGCUUACAAUGGAAUUCAAUGCCUGAUUUACCUGCAAUUCGAAAAUGGCUAAAACAGCUUUUUCAUCAUCUGCCUCAGGAAACUUCAAGACUUGAAACAAAUGCACCUGAAUCCAUAUGUAUUUUAGAUCUUGAAGUAUUUUUACUCGGAGUGAUAUAUACCAGCUAUUUACAAUUAAAGGAGAAAUGUAAUUCUCACUAUAGCUCCUAUCAGCCUCUAUGCUUGCCACUUCCUGUGUGUAAACAGCUUUGUACAGAGAGGCAGAAGACUUGGUGGGAUGCAGUUUGUAAUCUAAUUCACAGAAAGGCAAUACCUGGAGCCUCAGCAAAAUUACGACUUCUAGUUCAGCAUGAGAUGCACACACUAAGGGGCCAGGAAAAGCAUGGUCUUCAACCUUCUCUGCUUGUACACUGGGCAAAAUACCUUCAGAGAACGGGCAGCAGCCUUAAUUCUUUUUAUGAUCAACGGGAAUACCUAGGCAGAAGUGUUCAUUAUUGGAAAAAAGUUUUGCCUUUGUUGAAGACAAUCAAAAAGAAGAGCAGUAUUCCUGAACCUACUGAUCCUCUAUUUAAACAUUUUCAUGCUGCGGACAUUCAGGCAUCUGAAAUUGGUGAAUAUGAAGAGGAUGCACAUAUAACUUUUGCUAUAUUGGAUGCAGUUAAUGGAAAUGUUGAAGAUGCUCUGUCUGCUUUUGAAUCAAUAAAAAACGUUGUUUCUUACUGGAAUCUUGCACAGAUUUUUCACAGGAAAGCAGAAGACAUUGAAAAUGACGCCCUUUCUCCCGAAGAACAAGAAGAAUGCAAAAAUUAUCUGAGAAAGACCAGGGACUACCUAAUAAAGAUUUUAGAUGACAGUGAUUCAGAUCUUUCAGUGGCCCGAAAAUUGCCUGUGCCCCUAGAGUCUGUAAAAGAGAUGCUGAAUUCAGUCAUGCAGGAACUUGAAGACUACAGCGAAGGAGGUCCUCUUUGUAAAAAUGGUUCUUUGCGAAAUACAGAUUCAGAAAUAAAACAUUCUACACCAUCUCCCACCUUAUAUUCUCUGUCACCUAGUAAAAGUUACAAGUAUUCUCCCAAAACACCACCUCGAUGGGCAGAAGAUCAAAAUUCCUUACUGAAAAUGAUCUGCCAACAAGUAGAGGACAUUAAGAAAGAAAUGCAGGAAUUAAAACUAAAUAGCAGUAACUCGGCAUCCCCUCAUCGUUGGCCCACAGAGAAUUAUGGACCAGACUCAGUGCCUGAUGGAUACCAGGGAUCACAGACUUUUCAUGGGGCUCCAUUAACAGUUUCAACUACUGGUCCUUCAGUAUAUUAUAGUCAGUCACCAGCAUACAAUUCCCAGUAUCUCCUCAGACCAGCAGCUAAUGUUACUCCCACAAAGGGUCCGGUUUAUGGCAUGAAUAGGCUUCCACCCCAACAGCAUAUUUACGCGUAUUCACAGAUGCACACACCACCAGUGCAAAGCUCAUCUGCUUGUAUGUUCUCUCAGGACAUGUAUGGUCCUCCAUUGCGUUUCGAGUCUCCUGCAACAGGAAUUAUGUCACCCAGGGGUGAUGAUUAUUUUAAUUACAGUGUUCAGCAGCCAAACACAAACCCAUCCUUGCCAGAACCAGGAUAUUUCACAAAACCACCUCCAGUGGCAAAUCAUGCUUCAAGAUCUGCCGAAUCUAAGGUUAUAGAAUUUGGAAAAACAAGUUUUGUUCAGCCUGUGCCAGGUGAAGGAAUAAGGCCGUCAUUGACAACACCCGCACAUACAACACAACCACCUCCUUUUAAGUUUAACUCGAAUUUCAAGUCAAAUGAUGGUGACUUCACAUUUUCCUCACCUCAGGUUAUGACGCAACCCCCUUCUGCACCUUAUGGUAGUAGUGAAAGGCUUUUAGGUCUCCUGACUUCAGAUAAACCUUUACAAGGAGAGUGCUAUAGUGGUCCAAAGCCAAUUCCUAGUCAGACCAUCGGGCCUCGGAAUACAUUCAAUUUUGGAAGCAAAAAUAUGUCUGGAAUCUCAUUUACAGAAAACAUGGGGCCAAAUCAGCAAAAGAAUUCAGGGUUCCGUCGAAGUGAUGACAUGUUUACUUUCCAUGGACCAGGGAAGUCAGUGUUCGGGACACCUGCUCCAGAGCUGGCGAGCAAGAACCAUGACACAGACGCAGGCAGUGCCCAUGGAGAUGAGGAUGAGGAUGGCCCGCACUUUGAGCCCGUGGUCCCUCUUCCUGAUAAAAUCGAAGUGAAGACUGGUGAGGAAGAUGAAGAAGAAUUCUUCUGUAAUCGUGCUAAAUUAUUCCGCUUCGAUGGAGAAUCCAAAGAAUGGAAGGAACGUGGGAUUGGCAAUGUAAAAAUACUGAGGCAUAAGACAUCUGGUAAAAUUCGUCUUCUGAUGAGGCGAGAGCAAGUAUUGAAAAUCUGUGCAAAUCAUUACAUUAGUCCAGAUAUGAAAUUGACACCAAAUGCUGGAUCAGACAAAUCUUUUGUAUGGCACGCCCUUGAUUAUGCAGAUGAGUCGCCGAAACCAGAACAGCUGGCUAUUAGAUUCAAAACUCCUGAGGAGGCAGCGCUUUUUAAGUGCAAGUUUGAAGAGGCCCAGAGCAUUUUAAAAGCCUCAGGAACUAACUUAGCAACAGCACCAAAUGAGACUAUCAGAACUGUAAAAGACUCCGCAAGUCAUGACAACAAGGAUAUUUGUAAAUCUGAUGCUGGAAACAUGAAUUUUGAAUUUCAAGUUGGAAAGAAAGAAGGGUCUUGGUGGGGCUGUAACAGCUGCUCCUUGAAAAAUGCUGCAACUGUGAAGAAAUGUGUAUCAUGCCAAAAUCUAAACCCAAGUAGUAAAGAGCUCCUUGGCCCACCAUUAGUUGAAACAGUUCCUGCUCCUAAAACUGGCCCAGCGAAUGCUCAGGAUAGAUUUGCCUCAGUGGCUCCAGUGAAAGAAGGUUAUUGGGACUGUAGUGUUUGUUUAGUAAGGAAUGAACCUACUGUAUCUAAGUGCAGUGCAUGCCAAAGUACAAAAUCUGCUAACAAAACUGGGUCUUCAUUUGUUCAUCAGGCUUCCUUUAAAUUUGGCCAGGGAGAUCUUCCUAAGUCUGUCAAUAGUGACUUCAGGUCUGUGUUCUCUAUGAAGGAAGGACAGUGGGAUUGCAGUUUGUGCUUAGUGCGGAAUGAAGGGAGCGCUGCAAAAUGCAUUGCCUGUGAGAAUCCAAGAAAACAGAGUCUACCUGCCUCUGCUGUUGCAGCUCCUGCCUCUUUCCAGUUUGGUACUUCAGAGACAAGUAAAGCACCAAAGAGCGGAUUUGAGGAUGUUUUUGCCGAGAAGGAAGGACAGUGGGACUGCAAUGUCUGCUUGGUGCGAAAUGAACCAGAUGCUACAAAAUGCAUUGCCUGUCAGAAUCCAGCUAAACCAGGCCCACCUGCUGCUGCUGCAGCCCCUGCCUCUUUCCAGUUUGGUACUUCAGAGACGAGCAAGGCUCCUAAGAGCGGAUUUGAGGGGAUGUUCGCCAAGAAGGAAGGACAGUGGGACUGCAGUUUGUGCUUAGUAAGAAAUGAAGAGACUGCUACCCAAUGUAUUGCUUGUCAGAGUCCAAACCCGCAGAACCAGCCUACUUCUGCUGUUCCAGCAUCUGCCUCUGCAGAGAUGAGCAAGGCUCCAAAGACUGGACUGGAAGGACUGUUCCCCAAGAAGGAAGGACAGUGGGAUUGUAGUGUUUGCCUUGUACAAAAUGAAGGUUCUUCCUUAAAAUGCGUGGCUUGUGGUGCCUCUAAAUCAACUCAUAAGCCCAUUGCAGAAACUCCCUCAGCUUUCACAUUGGGCUCCAAAACAAAGUUAAGUGACUCUUCUGCAAGUCAGGUAGAGACAGGAUUCAAAAGUAACUUUUCAGAAAAAGCUUUUAAAUUUGGCAGUACGGCAGAGCAAGGGUUUAAGUUUGGACAUGCAGAUCCAGAAAAUGCACCGUCAUUUACAUUUCAGGGUUCUUCUAAUACAGAAUCCAAGUCAACAAAAGAAGGGUUUAGUUUUUCAAUUCCUGUGUCUGCUGAUGGCUUUAAAUUUGGUAUUCAGGAACAGGGAAAUCAAGAGAGGAAUGAGAAACACCCUGAAAAUGACACUGGUUUCCAGGCACAGGAUGCUAGUAGCCAAAAGAAUGGUAGUGGUGUGAUCUUUGGUCAAAAAAGUAGCACUUUUACCUUUGCAGAUCUUGCAAAGUCAACUUCAGGAGAAGGAUUUCAGUUUGGCAAAAAAGACCCCAAUUUCAAGGGAUUUUCGGGUGCUGGAGAAAAAUUAUUCUCAUCACAGAGUGGUAAAAUUGCUGAUAGAACCAACACUUCUGCUGAUCUUGAGAAAGAUGAUGAUGCCUAUAAGACUGAGGAAAAUGAUGACAUUCAUUUUGAGCCAGUAGUUCAGAUGCCUGAAAAAGUAGAACUUGUAACAGGAGAAGAAGAUGAAAAAGUUCUGUAUUCACAGCGGGUGAAACUGUUUAGGUUUGAUGCUGAGAUAAGUCAGUGGAAAGAACGGGGCUUAGGCAAUUUAAAAAUUCUCAAAAAUGAGGUGAAUGGAAAACUAAGAAUGCUGAUGCGAAGAGAACAAGUCCUAAAAGUGUGCGCUAAUCAUUGGAUAACAACUACAAUGAACCUGAAGCCUCUCUCUGGAUCAGAUAGAGCGUGGAUGUGGUUGGCUAGUGAUUUCUCUGAUGGUGAUGCCAAACUAGAACAGCUGGCAGCAAAAUUUAAAACACCAGAGCUGGCUGAAGAAUUCAAGCAGAAGUUUGAGGAAUGCCAGCGACUUCUGUUAGAUAUACCACUUCAGACUCCCCAUAAACUUGUAGAUACUGGCAGAGCUGCUAAGUUAAUACAGCGAGCUGAAGAAAUGAAGAGUGGACUGAAAGAUUUCAAAACGUUUUUGACAAAUGAUCAGACAAAAGUCAGUGAUGAAGAGAGUAAGAGUUCCGACGCAGGGUCGGCCAAUGCUUCAGAUACAACAAUCAAGCCAAAUCCUGAAAACACGGGGCCCACGUUAGAGUGGGACAACUAUGAUUUAAGGGAAGAUGCUUUAGAUGAUAGUGUAAGUAGCAGUUCAGUACAUGCUUCUCCAUUGGCAAGCAGCCCUGUGAGGAAAAAUCUUUUCCGCUUUGGUGAGUCAACAACAGGAUUCAACUUCAGUUUCAAGUCUGCUUUGAGUCCAUCUAAGUCUCCUGCCAAGUUGAAUCAGAGUGGGACUUCAGUUGGUACUGAUGAAGAAUCUGAUGUGACUCAAGAAGAAGAGCGAGAUGGCCAGUACUUUGAACCUGUUGUACCUUUACCUGACCUAGUAGAAGUAUCCAGUGGUGAGGAAAAUGAGCAAGUAGUUUUUAGUCACAGAGCAAAACUCUAUAGAUAUGAUAAGGAUGUUGGUCAGUGGAAAGAAAGGGGCAUUGGUGAUAUAAAGAUUUUACAGAAUUAUGAUAAUAAGCAAGUUCGUAUAGUGAUGAGAAGGGACCAGGUAUUAAAACUUUGUGCCAACCACAGAAUAACACCAGAUAUGACACUGCAAAAUAUGAAAGGGACAGAAAGAGUAUGGGUGUGGACUGCUUGUGAUUUUGCAGACGGAGAAAGAAAAAUAGAACAUUUAGCUGUGCGUUUUAAACUACAAGAUGUUGCAGACUCAUUUAAGAAAAUUUUUGAUGAAGCAAAAGUAGCCCAAGAAAAGGAUUCUUUGAUAACACCGCACGUUUCUCGGUCAAGCACUCCUAGAGAGUCACCAUGUGGCAAAAUUGCUGUAGCUGUGUUAGAAGAAACCACACGAGAAAGGACGGAUUUAAUUCAGGGUGAUGACGUAGCAGACACAACUUCCGAAGUUGGAGAAGGGUCUAGCACAACUGAAACAACAACAAAAGCAGUGGUUUCUCCUCCCAAAUUUGUGUUUGGUUCAGAGUCCGUUAAAAGCAUCUUUAGUAGUGAAAAAUCAAAGCCAUUUGCAUUCGGCAACAGUUCAGCCACUGGGUCUUUGUUUGGAUUUAGUUUUAAUGCACCUUUGAAAAAUAACAACAGUGAAACUAGUUCAGUAGUCCAGAGUGGAUCUGAAAGAGAACUGGAACCUGCCAAGUCUGAACUGUCGAAGAGCUCUGAUCUCAAACAUCCUUCAGAUGGCAAAGCCAGAAAUCUCUUGGCUUCCUUUCCAAAGGAAGAAGCCUCAACCGGUUACAUCUUUAAAACACCAGAAAAGGGAUUUAAUUUUAGCCUUUUUAAAUCUAAUCCAAUGGCUUUUUGGACCAGCACCCCUUCCUCACAGCCUGAGAGUGGAGCAAAAGAGAAGAAAAAUUCUGCAGAUCUUCCUCCAGAUGAUGAUGUUCUCAUUGUGUAUGAACUAACCCCGACUCCUGACCAGAAAGCCCUUGCAGCGGAGCUUAAACUUCCUCCAACUUUCUUCUGCUAUAAGAAUAGACCAGAUUAUGUUAGUGAAGAAGAGGAGGAUGACGAAGAUUUUGAAACAGCUGUCAGAAAACUUAAUGGAAAACUCUAUCUGGAUGACUCAGAAAAAUGUAAGCCCUUGGAAGACAAUCUAACAGAUCCUGAGAAAGAAUGUGUUAUUGUUUGGGAGAAGAAACCAACAGUUGAAGAGAAAGCAAAAGCAGAUACCUUAAAGCUUCCACCCACAUUUUUUUGUGGAGUUUGCAGUGAUACUGAUGAGGACAAUGGAAAUGGGGAAGACUUUCAGUCAGAGCUUCAGAAAGUUCAGGAAGCUCAAAAAUCCCAGAGUGAGGAAAUCGCCAGCACAGCAGAUGGUGUAUGUACAGGUGGGACUGAAGUGACUGCUCCGUCGUUAGGGAAAUCUGAAGAACCUGAUUCUGUUGCCAAAUGUAUUGGUUCACCACCUGUUUCCUGUGGAGCUGCAGACAAGCCUGUGGAUUUGUCUACUAGAAAGGAAAUUGAGCCAGGUUCUACAAGCCAAGUGGAAAGCAAAACAGUUUCAUUUGGAUUUGGAAGUAGCACAGGGCUUUCAUUUGCAGAUUUGGCUUCCAGUAAUUCUGGGGAUUUUGCUUUUGGUUCUAAAGAUAAAAAUUUCCAGUGGGCAAAUACUGGUGCAGCUGUAUUUGGAGCACAGACAACCAAUAAAGUUGGUGAAGAUGAAGAUGGUAGUGAUGAAGAGGUAGUUCAUAAUGAAGAUAUCCACUUUGAACCAAUAGUGUCAUUACCAGAGGUAGAAGUAAAAUCUGGAGAAGAAGAUGAAGAAGUUGUGUUUAAAGAGAGAGCCAAACUUUACAGAUGGGAUCGUGAUGCCAGCCAGUGGAAGGAGCGUGGUGUAGGAGACAUAAAGAUCCUUUGGCAUAGGAUGAAGAACUAUUAUCGGAUCCUAAUGAGGAGAGACCAGGUCUUCAAAGUGUGUGCAAACCAUGUUAUUACCAAAACAAUGGAAUUAAAACCCUUAAAUGUUUCAAAUAAUGCUUUAGUUUGGACUGCUUCAGAUUAUGCUGAUGGAGAAGCAAAAGUGGAACAGCUUGCAGUGAGAUUUAAAACAAAAGAAAUGGCUGAUUGUUUUAAGAAAAAGUUUGAAGAAUGUCAACAGAAUUUAUUGCAACUCCAGAAAGGGCAUGUUUCACUGGCAGAAUUGUCAAGAGAGACCAACCCUGUGGUGUUUUUUGACAUUUGUGCCGAUGAUGAACCUUUAGGGCGUAUAACCAUGGAGUUAUUUUCAAACAUCGUUCCUCAGACUGCUGAGAACUUCAGAGCACUGUGUACUGGAGAGAAGGGCUUUGGUUUCAAGAACUCCAUUUUUCACAGAGUAAUUCCAGAUUGUCUUUGCCAAGGGGGAGAUAUCACCAAACAUGAUGGAACAGGAGGAAAGUCUAUAUAUGGAGAUAAAUUUGAAGAUGAAAAUUUUGAUGUGAAACACACUGGUCCUGGCUUGCUGUCAAUGGCCAAUAGGGGCCCAAAUACCAAUAAUUCUCAAUUUUUUAUAACACUGGGAAAAGCAGAACAUUUGGACUUCAAGCAUGUAGUAUUUGGGUUUGUUAAGGAUGGCAUGGAUACUGUGAAAAAGAUUGAGUCAUUUGGUUCUCCUAAAGGGUCUGUUAGUCGAAGAAUUAGCAUCACAGAAUGUGGACAGAUAUAAAAUCAUUGGGUUUUUUGUAGUAAAUUUUAUCUGUAUAAGCAGUUGAAUCAAAGCUUAGCUGUUACAAUAUGGUAAUUAUGUUCAGCUUUUGAAAAUGGACGUUUCCAAUGUAUAAAUGUACAAUUGCAGCUCAUAGCUGUUGUCACUUUUUAAUGUGUUAUAAUUGACCUUGCAUGGUGUGAAAUAAAAGUUUAAACACUGGUGUAUUUCAGGUGUACUUGUGUUUAUGUACUCCUGAUAUAUCUGUAAUAAAAUGGAAUAGUAAUAAUAAUCUUGUUAAAAGCAAUAUACCUUCACAGACUAUUGAAGGGAUUAAAUAUAUGCAAUUUAAUUUUAAUUCCUUUAAAUAUAUGUGGACUUCCAGCAUGGAAAUACUUAACAUUUGAGUAAGGGACCACAACUUGGAUAAUUUUAUUUUGGAUCUGAAAUAUAUUUGGUAACCUUAACUGUUGGUGUGCUCAUUUAUGCAUAGAGACUCAUUUAUGAAUGGGUAGUGCCACAGAAGGUAGAGUUAACCAAAGUGCUCUUCUGUAAUCUUACACCUCUUGUAUAGUUUACAAAUGAACUUUUAAGUAGAGUACCUUCUUUGCCUAAAAUAUAUAGCUUCUGUGCCCUUUCAAAGGUGUUAAAUUAAUUUUUUACAUUUUAAGCAAAUUGACUAUUUCCUUUUUUAAAAAAAGAAAACAAACUUUUUUGUCAUCUGUCUCUACUACCUCAGCAAUUUCAACUUGGUCCUGAUGAUAGAAAUUGAAUUUUUCCUUGCAGUUAUUGUGAUAAAGUAUGAAUAUUUUUAAAGGUCUAUACCAUGUUCUUUGGUUAAAGAUUUGCUUUAUACUAGAUUGUUGCAGUAUCUUUUUCUGGUGACUUUUGUAGCAGAAAUAAAGUGACAAUUGACAACAGUCAUGAUAUUUAAAAAGUUCA